AUGACCAAGUCUAAUUCUUCUAGUGAAAAGAAUGGAUUAAAGAAAGGUCCAUGGACUCCAGAGGAAGAUCAGAAACUCGUGGAUUAUAUUCAGAAACAUGGUCACGGGAAGUGGCGAACCCUUCCCAAGAAUGCAGGACUAAAAAGAUGUGGAAAGAGUUGUCGUCUUCGCUGGGCUAACUACUUGAGGCCUGAUAUAAAGAGAGGAAGAUUCUCAUUCCAAGAAGAAGAAACCAUCAUCCAGUUACAUAGUGUUUUGGGAAACAAGUGGUCUACAAUUGCUGCUAACUUGCCAGGAAGAACAGAUAAUGAGAUAAAGAAUUAUUGGAAUACCCACAUCAAGAAAAAGCUAAUGAAGAUGGGGAUUGAUCCAGUGACACACACACCACGCCUUGAUGUUCUACAACUUGUUUCCAUUCUGAACUCAUCUUUAUACAAUUCACCCCAAUUUAACAACCACCAUGGUCUUUAUGGGAUGGGAAAUGUGAUAAAUCCAAGCCAGCUCUUAAAUUUGCUCACCACUCUGUUAUCAUGUCAAAGCAGAAACCCAAAUGUUUUGAAUCAUAGUUUUCAGCAAAACCAAGUUGGUAAUAGCCCUCUAUUCCAAAACCAAUCCCAAUUUUCCCAACCAAUGCAACAACUUAACUCUACACAAACACAAGCCUUCCAACCAAACCAACCCCAAGUAGUUCAAGAAAACCACUGUUCUACAUCUAAUCCAUUGCAUAUGGAACCCCAACUCAUGAAAACAACGUUAGAGAAUCAAAUCUCUCAAAUUGCUUCUCCUUUUAGAAACCAAAACACUCUACCAAAUUUGUGGCAGGACACUGAAGGUGCCGAAUCAUCAGCUAUACCAUGUUUCUCUUCCCCCAAGUUCAACUCCAUGAUCAACAAUAUCAUGGAAAAUCAAAUUUUAUGUAACAAUGAGGGAAUCCCAGAUUUCAAUUUAAGCUCGUUGUUAUCUUCCACACCUUCUUCAUCUUCUAGCCCAAGUACCUUGAAAUCAUCAUCUUCCACAACAUUUGUCAAUGGAACCACUACUGAAGAUGAAAGAGACACUUAUGGCAGCAACAUGUUGAUGUAUAACAUCUCAAAUGGCUUGAAUGACUCUGGAUUUUUGUGA